CUAUGGCUCACGUGAUCUGUUCCUCACGCGGCCAUCUUGGAGCUCCGGUUGAGGAAGGGAAAAGUGGGGGAGAAGAGGGGAAGGAUCCGAGAGAGAGGUGGGCGAGGACGAGGGCGAGUACACAGCAGGGUCCUGGCCGGCCAAAAGAGGCUAGCGGAAGCAGCAGCCGCCGCCUGACAGCAGAUAUGGAAGAAAGCAGCUCUCUUGCCAUGUUGGUGCCAGAUACUGGGGAACAGGAAGCUGUAUUGACAGCUGAAGGUGUCAUCCGUCCUUCGUUGGAAGUUGAGGAACAAAGAAAGCUUAAAGCAGACCCAUUAAUCCAUGUUAUCCAGAAGUUAAGCAAAAUAGUAGAGCAUGAAAAGUCACAAAAAUGUCUUCUAAUUGGGAAAAAACGCUUGCGUUCGAGUGCUACAGCACAGUGUUUUGAAGGCCAAGAACUCUGUGAGAUUCCAGCUAAAGUAACCCAGUCACCUGCUGUUGGUAUUAGAAAAGCUGAGGCAUCACAAGCAAAUAGUAUUCCUGACUCUCUUGCCCAGAAUGAUGAGAAGGCUAUGGCUUAUGAAUGUGGCCUUUGUAAGUUUUUAUCAUCAUCCUUUACUGUGUUAAGAGAUCACAUCAGGCAGCAUGGUCAGCAGAAUGAAGUGGUAUUCAUAUGCUCAGAGUGCCAUAUUACAUCCAGAAACCAAGAGGCACUUGAAGCUCAUGUACUGAAUGACCACAAAAAUGAUGCCAACAGUCACUCCCAGUCCAAAGCCCAGCAGCACGUAAGCACCUCUAACUCCUGUGAUAGAAGCACAGAAAAAAGUGUUGAAACUGUUCCCGAUACUUCAGUAAAUGUGAGCAGUCCACAAACCCUUAAUGUCCAAACUACGUCCAUGGCAGAAAUGGGUAGACGAAAGUGGUAUGCAUAUGAACAGUAUGGCAUGUAUCGGUGCUUAUUUUGCAGUUACACUUGUGGCCAGCAGAGAAUGUUAAAGACACAUGCUUGGAAACAUGCAGGACAAGUUGACUGUACCUAUCCAAUCUUUGAAAAUGAAAAUGAACCUCUCGGCUUGCUGGAUUCUUCAGUGUCUGCUGCACCUGGUGGAGUCGAUGCAGUAGUUAUUGCUAUCGGAGACAGUGAACUGAGUAUCCACAAUGGGCCAUCAGUACAAGUACAGAUUUGCAACUCAGAACCAUUAUCAUCUUCCUCUCCUUUAGAACAAACGGUAGAGGAUAGUGUACCCCUAAGUCAAUCAGUUACCCUUGACUCUAAUGAGGAAGAAAUACUAGAAGUGAUGUCUGAUUCAGAGGAGAAUCUGAUUGCCGAUAGCCUACUUUCAUCAGCACAGAAAAUCAUCAGCAGUAGCCCAAAUAAAAAAGGUCAUGUUAAUGUGAUAGUGGAGCGUUUACCAAGUGCUGAAGAAACUCUUUCACAGAAACACUUCCUCAUGAAUGCUGAAAUUGAAGAGGAAAAAAACCAGAACCCAAUAGAAGCACAGACUGAAUGUGGAAGAGUAGAGGAUGUUUAUCAUGCUGAUAAAUGUACUGUUGAUAUUGAGGGAUUAAUUAUAGGCUGGAGCAAUCCAGAGAAGAAAGAUAGUGAGUUAAUAAGUAAAACCCUGGGUACUGAUGAGAAUGCCCCUCCAGGCCGAAGAAGGACAAAUUCUGAGUCUCUUAGGCUACACUCCUUAGCUGCAGAAGCCCUUGUCACAAUGCCUAUAAGAGCUGCAGAACUAACAAGAGCUAAUCUUGGGCACUAUGGAGAUAUAAACCUUUUAGAUCCAGAUACUGGACAAAAGCAAGUAGAGAGUACAUUGACAGCAUAUUCAAAAAUUAUGUCACCACUUAAAAACUCUUCAGAUGGACUAACUGGUUUUAACCAAAGCAACUCUACCUUGGUAGCUCUCCCAGAGAGUAGACAGGAAUUGUCAGAUGGGCAAGUUAAGACAGGUAUCAGCAUGUCCCUGCUCACUGUAAUUGAGAAAUUGAGAGAAAGGACUGACCAAAAUGCUUCAGAUGAUGACAUCCUGAAAGAGUUGCAGGACAAUGCCCAGUGCCAACCCAACAGUGAUACAAGUUUGUUAGGGACCAAUGUAGUGGAAUACAUCCCUAAUGCUGAACGGCCCUACCGUUGCCGCCUGUGUCACUACACAAGUGGUAACAAGGGCUACAUCAAGCAGCAUUUGCGAGUCCAUCGGCAGAGACAGCCAUAUCAAUGUCCUAUCUGUGAGCACAUAGCUGACAACAGCAAAGAUUUGGAGAGCCACAUGAUCAACCAUUGCAAAACAAAACUAUACCAGUGUAAGCAGUGUGAAGAAUCUUUUCCUUACAAGAGUAAUCUAAGAAAUCAUGAGAGGGAGCAGCACAGCCUUCCAGACACCUUGUCAAUAGCAACUUCCAAUGAACCAAGAAUUCCCAGUGCUACAACUGACGGGAAAUGUGUGCAGGAAGGGAGUAAGUCUUCAACCCAGAAACAAUAUAGAUGUGACGUGUGCAGUUAUACAAGUACAACAUAUGUUGGUGUCAGAAACCACAGACGGAUUCAUAACUCUGAUAAACCGUACAGGGGAAGAGUGGGGAUGGAGCCCUUGCUCUCAGCAGCCAUGCUGCUCUGCCUGCCUAUGCUAUGCCAGGGAAGCGUCCCGCUGCUGCAAUCCAGACCACCACCAUUCAGAGUGAGCACCAGCAGCCAUGUCCUUAUGCUCAGGGAUUCUGUGGGUCCUGAAUGUGGAAAAAAAAUCACAGGUGGUAUGUAUCUUUCCCAUAUGGUCAGGGGCUUCUGUAGGAAGACUCAAAGGCCAAAAGUGGACUCCCACAGGCAAAGGUUUCAGUUAUCUGAAAGCUCCUUCACCAGUCUGGUAGCUAAUGCUGGUUGUUGGCUGGGCCUCAGUUACAAUAUACGUACAUAAUUUCUCCCUGAAUCUUUGCAGGUGUGCUAGUAGCAUACUCUGCACCUGAUGCAAGUCCCCUGUAUAAAACAGUAUAGUAUUUGCACACAACCCUAUGUAUGUCCUCCUGUAUAUUUUCUGUCGUUAUAGAUUACUUUUUUCCCUUGUUCCUUGUUAUUUUUACUUAAUCAGUUUUGUAUUUUACAGAGAAUAAAACCAAGCAAAAUAAAAUAGUAAAGCCAAUGAAAACAAGACAGUGUAAGUGACACAAGAUUUGAAAACAAGAUAGUAGGAAAUCAACAAUGGUUAACAUAAUGCCUCUUUUUAUCUAAGAAAUAGCUGCCAAUACCUUCAGACGCACUAAAAUCAAAACAGAAACAGUGGGCCUGGCAUGGUGUUGCAUGCCUGUAAUCCUAGCAUUUGGGAGGCUGAGGCAGGAGGAAUUCAAGACCAGCCUGGGCUACAAAGUGAGCUUGUCAAGGCCAACCUAAACUGCAUAGCAAAACCCUGUCACAAAAAGACCAAAAAAAAAAAAAAAAACAAUGCAAUAUAGGACUUCAAACCAUAAUAGUAAACCAAAAUGGUGAAUAUAAUAUCUCAUUAUCUUUGAAAUGGCUGCCUAUGCCAUGAGAUAUAAUAAAAUCAAACAUAAUAAAAUAAAACCCAACCAAACAAAACAAUGGGAAUAAAACUGGAAAUUAUACGUUACUUUUACUACUCAAUUUUUAGGUUACUCAUAUUUAAACAAUGUAAGUGCUAUGUGUGUAUGAUUUUUCUUUUGAAAUCUUGUAUCUGCAGAUAUAGAAAGCUAACUGACACCCUUUGUGCCUUACUCUUGAAAGUCAUAUACCAUUACUCACAUUAGUUAGAGAAUUAAGUCUGCUUUUAUCUAUAGUCACAUUUGAUCUGUAGUCAAUGAUGUUGGUUGGGAGAAAACUCCAGGUCUUUGAAACCUUGAAUUCAUUUUAAGGAAUACAGUUUAGCGGAUAGUUUAAUUUGGAGGGAGAAAAUUUGUUUUAAAGGCAUAACACAAAAAAGUUCAUUUUUCACAGUGACAAAAAGGCUUUUUCAGGUUCAUCAUGAAACUUGAAGUGACCAUUUUUUGCAGGAUAUGCAUUUCUUUAAAAGCACAGAAAAUGAAUAUAGUAAGACACACCUUGUUGCAAAAUUUCUGUUGAAAUGUUUAUAUCCAUGUUCAAAUCAUACUUAAGUCAUCCCACACCUUGUAGGACAUCCACCUUAUGCUUUCUUCCACCUAACCUGCCUCCUAGCAGUUGUUUCUAAUUGAAUCAGAUCUAUAAACUUAGGUUGGAGGCCAGGGAAGGAGAUUCUUUUAACCAAAAUCCUUUAUUUCCAUGGGGUUCCAGAACUGACAUAACUGAUAUAUCUGCAGUGGAAGAAAGCCUGUAGGAAAUAAAUUGGACUCCUGUUUAGCUGGGGUAAUGAGAAACCUUGGUGGUUUGUUUUGUUUUUUGUCUUUUUUAAAAUAGGGUCUCACUAUGCAGUUCAGGCUGGCCUUGGGCUCACUUCGUAGCUCAGCCUGGUCUCGAACUUGCCAUAAUCCACCUACCUCAACCUCCCAAGUGCUGGGAUUACACAAGUGAACCACUACGCCCAGCUGAAACUUUGGUUUUUACAUUGGUUUUCUUUUGGUUAAAGCUAAAAUAGCUUUCUUCCAUUGGAAAGGAAUUGUUUUAUACAGAUAUGGAUUAGUAUCACUAAAUGACAUGAAAUUUUGUUUAUUCUAACAUUCCAAAGCUUUGAUCCAGCGGUGGCCUUAUUGACAUGCUACCGAAACUGCCCAGCAGUUGAGCCAGGAAGGUAUUCUCAUGUCACAUGUAUGAUCCUGCCUUUCUAGACUUACAUACUUAAAGUACCAAAUGGCUAUGUUAUCAGGAAUAUCAGAAAAAGAAGCAAAACAAAACCGUGACAGGUGAAGUUAUGGUAAAUGUGCCCAUGCUGCUACUAUUCUUUUUACCGGUUGAUUUUAUUAGUUUGGGUGUAUACUCUGCCCCCUAGUGGACUAGUAAGAGUAGGAAGGAGCAAGUUAUCCUAAAUUGAAAUACAGAUACUGCUUGUCUAUUGGCAUAUUAGACAAAGUUUCUGUAAUGAAACAUUUUCUGUCAGUUCUGUUUUCCUAGGUACUAUAUGUAUUUUGGUCAGAUUGGAAUACAGUUAACUGUUCACUUUCUGACUCAGCCAAACACAUGAUCAUUGAAUUUACAUAUUCAUGAAAGAAGAUAAGUAAAGAGAAUUUUAGGAAGUACUAUGACAUAAAACAGGAUGAUGCUAUUACAGUGGUACGCUGUAGUUUUUUUUUCUCCCAAGGAAAUUUGGUUAACUUGUGAAAUUAUUCCCUGUAAUGGCCCUUCUGUUUUUGAAAGUCAUUUUAGGUAGUGUUUAGCCUUAUCACCUUUUUUUUGCAUACUUAGAUCCCAUCAUGGAUGUUUACCAUUGUUGGUGUCCCUUCAGAAUAGCCUCCAUACCAGGCUAAGGAAGGUACUCGUGAAAUUAGAGUUUGGUUUUUAAGCACAUAACUCCUGAUUUAUCUCUCCUUCCACUGUUCAAGAGGUAUUAAGGACUUCUUUAUCACAAAAUCCUUUAUAUUAAAGGACUCUGAUUAGCCAAAUCUGUGAAAUUUAUUGGUAUAAGUUUUUGUCCAUUAGGAUAGGAAAGAGUUUUUGAAAAGAUGAGAGCAAGAAAGCAAAAGUCUGUGUCUAUAUACAUGGUUUACAUAGGAGAGCUAGUGAAAGUGAAUCUAGGUUAGCAUGUGGAUUACUCUGUUUGAAUUAUUUAAAAGAGCAUUUCUGAUCACAACUACUUCCCUGUAAGGUUUAGCUAUUCUCAAAUUCUUCUUCAGCAUACUUGUCCUUGUGAAGCUAUUUUAGACAUAAUUCAAGCAUUGACAUCUAAAACUAUGUGAUUUACUAUUUAUAUAAAUACUUACUAUUAAUUUAAAUGCACGUAUUUCCUCAUACUUAGUUUCUCCCUAACACAGUAAAUGCUGACAAAUGAAAGCCUUAAAAAUGUCCACAGUCCAGGAAUGUUCUUACCUCUGGGAAAGAAACAAGGUACUCAAGGCACAUAGGACUCAAGUGUAUACUGAGAAUGCUCUGUUUCUUAGCUGUGAGUGUUCACUGUCACUUAAUUAUCCAUAAGGGUUCUUUAGGCAAAAUGAACUUUAUCCUAAAGAAUAAUGAGUGAUGUACUUAGUGUGAUGCACAAGAUAUUAGUUACAGCACAGUUUAUCAUGCCAAAAAGAUCAAAAUCAUUGUAGCUCUGCAAUGCUAAUAAAAUAUUUAAAUUAUGAUGCUUUUGUAAAAUGGGACAUUACAUCCCCCAUUAAAAAUGCAUAAUUUUCAAUGAGAAAAUAGGGAAUAUUCUCAAAAAUAGGUUUAAAAUUUUAUAGUAUAAUUUUAUAUUUUAUAUAGUAUAUAUUCUAUACUAUAUACUAUAUAUAUAAUAUAGUAUAUACUAUAAUUUUCUGUUUAUAAGGUUAGUACUAUUCAGAAUUUUUGUACUUGUCUGUGUGUUCCGUUUGUGUGUAAGGGAUAAAGGUUAUAUAAUCAGAAAAGUUUUAAACACAGCACUUGCCAACCAAUUGAGUGGAACAAAAAUUGGCUCAGCAGUUUCAGCUAAACCACUAUAAACAGAAAGCUGGCAUUCAGACAACAUAGAAUAGACUGCCUCUCAAUGAAGAUAACUGAAAUGCGGGAUAAAUAUUGAAAACCACUUUUAGAUGUGCUUGUUGCAAUUUCUGUUAGGGAAAUUGAGAAACUGUAGGUGUAAAAAUCAAAAGCAGGUACCUUGUAAGGUAAAUAAGCUACACCUGUUAACAUGGGUGACUCAAAAAUAUUACACUAAAGGUAGAAAGGCAAGUCAGAAUACCUAAAAAUUUUACUUAUAUACUCAAAGACAUGCAGUCAAAUGAUUGUUCAGGGUUACAUAGAGGUAAAACUAAGACAUAGAAAGCAAAUCAUACAAUAAAAAAUUCAAGGAAAUCCCUCUUUUUGGGAAGAAAGGGUAUGAGAAUUGGGAAACAAACAUCUGAAGUAGUAGUAUUGUUCUCCUUUAGCAGAUGUUAUAUAUAGAAUGUUUUAUGAGAGAAACGGUGGUAAAGAAAUGAAUUUGAAGUAUGUAGAUUCUGUAGGUAGGUCAAUUUCUUACUGUUCUGAAGAAGGGACAUAUAUGUAUAUGUAUUUUCUUCAUGUAUAUUAUUGUGUAAAUGUCAGUUUUGUAUAUUGUACACACAUGGAUAUAUUAUGUAUAUAUACAGAUAGUUUGUACGUUAGCAUGAGAUCAUAAGAAUGACCAUGUAAGAUGAAAUCAGCCAAAACAAUUUAAAAAUAGGGAAAAUUAGGUUCAGGGGUUUAGCUCAGUGGUGCAAGUGCCUUCCUGGCAAGCACAAGAUUGUGAGUUCAAUCCCUGGUACCAAAAAAAAAAAAAAAAAAUCCAAUAGGGAAAAUUAUAGUUAUUCCCCUGAUCUUUAAAAUUCUUUUCUUGAAACAUUAAAACUGUCAUUUACAAAUGUAUGGAAACAAAUAGUAAUACAAUUGUUUUUAGUAUACUGUAUUUUAGUUUAUUCAGCCUGUAAUAAAUACUUUAUACUGAGAAAUUUAUAAACUGCAGAAAUUUAGUGCUUGAUGUUUUGGAGGCUGGAAAGCGCAAGAUGGGGUUAUCAGUAGAUUUGAUUCUGGUGAGGGCUGUCUUUCUGCUUCAAAGAUGGCAUUUUUUUGUAUCCUCGCAUGGUGGGACAGAAAAGUUUCCUCAGGGCACUGAUCCAUUCACAAGGACUCUACCCUCAUGGCUGUCACUUCGCAAAGGCACCAUCUUUUCAUCAUCACUCUGGGGCUAGGUUUCAACAUACAAACUUUAAGAGUUACACACAUUCAGACUUUGGCAUUCUGCAGCUUAAAAACUUAGAAAUUUUAAAGGUUAAAAUGUUUUUAUCUUUUUGUUAAAAAAAAACUUUACAAAGAAUAAUUUGAGUAGUGCUUGCCUUCUCAUGAUAGCCCUAAAAUAGGAAUUGGCAUCUUUUUUUAUGCCUUGGCACAUUAUCAGUUGUCCUAAGUAUAGAUCAGCUAUCAACGUUUUAUUAUUGGCGCUUUCAAUAUCAUGAAAUUUCUCCAGAAGUUCUUUUAAUGUAAAAUUUUUGCCAAUAUCCUUUCCUUGGAAAUGAUACUUCUCAUUUAUGUCAUUAAGGUCUAAGGUCUUCUUCCCUAAGAUUCUCUGGCUGCGUAACUGCAUCUCCAGUUUGUUCAGAAGCUAUAGUGUCUAUGUUCCUGUGGUCAGCUAUCUGUUCUACAACUCCAUUUGCUUUUGUUCCAAUUUCACUUUCAGGGUUAACACUUCAGAUUUGUUAUUGCACUUCCAUAUUGCCUGUUUUGAUUAUCCAUUUUUGUAAACUAUAGCUUGAAUUUAUCACCAGGAGACAGGAAUACAACACAGUUACAUAAUUUGCUAUUUGUGAGUGAACUGAAUUAGAAGCACAGUGAUCAGUGGCUCACAGACUUUGAAAGAAGCAAUGUGAUUGGUCACUGAUUGUGAUUCACUUCUGUUUAUUUCCCUGAAAAUUAAACUGUACAGUUGGUAUACUUACACCUGUUAGUAACUAAUAAUUGAAGCAUACUGUUGGGAGUAAUGUUUAAGCCAUAAUAAUUGAAAUUGAUACGUAUUAGAACUGUGUAAUGUAAUGACUGUCUAUACACACACAUACUUAGGUUAGCUUAUUCUUACGUAUUUUAUUUUUCCACUGCUAUUAAUAUAUGUAUUGUGAGCCAAGGAUAUAGCUCAGCAGCAUAGCACCUGCCUGGCAAGUGCAAGGCAGUCCCUGAGUUCAGUCCCUGGUACAAAAAAAAUGUGUGUGUGUGUAUUUUAUUUUGUCCAAUGUGUGCAUUAAUAUCUAAUGAUUAAGUUAUAAGUGGUUUUUUUCCUAUAUAUUUUUGAUUUUCUGCAGUGAAUCUUGCAAUCAGGAAAAAAGUAAUUUACAAAAUUAAUAACCUGGCACUCAAAUCUUGAUUUUUAAUAGUGCUCUCUAAUAAAGGAAACUAAAACUAAUUGGUGGAACCUAGGACUAGGGUAGAAGAUAUACAAAGUCAUCCUGGAGCACUUUGUAGUAUCAGCAAGUGACACAGGAGACUUACUCAACAAAUAAUACAAAUAUAUCACCACAGCAGAGAGAGCACCCAGUGAUCAAAGCUGGAAUGAUUUGUGCAGUAUAUUUUUGAAAUAGAUCUCAAAGUAUGAUUAAUUAGCCACAUAUCUGUACUGAUACAAAUAAGUAAAUAAGUGAGCAGAAAUAGACAACCUGUAAGAAUUCUAAAUUAUGUCUAGCUAUUCUACCCCCCCCCAAAAGGUGAACUAUAUUCCCAUUCUUUAAGUACGAGUGUCACUCCUCCCAAAGUAUGUACAGUGUGGGAAGAAGGAUGAUAAAGAGUCCCUUUCCUGUCAAGGACCCUCACCGGGGCCAGAUGGUCAGGGUCAGUACCAGCACUGACGAGCGUGGUGGUGGGGUGGUAUGAUGAGAAGGGCCUUUUGCCCCUGUGGUCUUUCCCCAGAGAUCAGCACCCCAGUCUCACCAUGAGAAAAACAACACACAGACCUAGACUGGGGGACAUUCUACAGAAUGCCUGAUCAGUGUUCUUCAGAUCCGUCAAGGUAGUUAAACCAAGGGCAAGUCUGAAAAACCAGGUCUACUAAAUGUAAUGUAGGGUCCUAGAUGGGACCCUGCAACAGAAGAAAGACAUUAGGCAUAAGCCAAGGAAAUCUGAAUUAGUAGCGAACUUCAGUCAGUAAUUUUAACAUUGGUUCCUAAUAUGGAGCAGAUUUACCACAGAAAUGCAGUAUGUUAACAAAACAAAUUCAGAUAUUCUGUAAAUCUAUAUUUCUUUUAAAGAAAGCAGUUACAUAACUAGUUUUCGCUAUUAUUUUUUCAACAUUGGAGUAACAGAGUAACAUUAGAGGUGUUCUGUAGAAGAAAUUUGCAAUUUCUGCUGUUUCUCUUCUGACCCAGUUUUCUGAAAGUAUGAAAUUCUGGUUGCAUAAGACUGCUUUUCAUUUGGGAGAACCUUACUAUGUUCAGCAUUCUGAGCCUCAUUCUAGAUGUAGAAUUUUCUAGUGAGACUUCAGGGCAGACUAAAUAAAUGUGAAUAAUCUGAAGAACCAGGAUUUCAUGUCUGUUUCUCCUUCGUGUAAUAUGAACAGAAGGGUAUUCACACUGUAAAUUUCCAUGUAAGACAUUCAUGAGCAUUGUACUUGGCUGAAGUACUAGGCGGAAAUUCAUAGACAUCUCUUGCCUGGUGACAUACAACUACAACAGUCACUCUUUCCAAAGGAGUGAUCUGGCGAUAACUUGAAAAGGCCACUAUAACCAUGUUACACAGUGGUAGUACUGUAGAGUUAAAGAGGCAGACACUGAUUUAAUAGCUUGGAGGCAGAAGUAAUUACCAUGAUAAAGAUAUUAGUGAGAAACAAAUUUUGUGGGAUUUGUGAAAAUGUUGGUGUAUUUCAGAUAUAAGUGGGCAAAGGAAAUUUGAAUUAGGGUUACUUUUUUGUGUGACUAAUUACCAAUUGAUGGUUUUGCUUUAUUAUGUUACUGUAAAAUUGUUUGUAGUCUUAAAGACAAUGCAAACUAUAAAGUCAUUGAAAUCAAACAUUUUACCACAUUUUGAAAAAUUAAACAUUGUAAAUAGAACUAAAAUACUCACUGUAUUCUUUAUCUCUUCUGUCUCACAGGUAAUCCAUUGUCUCAAUUAAUGUAUUGUAUUUAAGCAUUUUUAAAUGACUGUAUAACGUGUAUACAACAUAUAAUGUGUAUAUAUGUAUAUUAUGCAUACAUAGUUUUGGUAUUUUAACAACUUUUAUUUAAACUGUGCACCAACCACAUUUAAUGUUAGCUUUUUUUGGUCUUGUUGAGACUGGGUCUCACUGUGCAGUUCAGGCUGGCCUUGAGCUCACUUUGUAGCCCAGGCUUGUCUUGAAUUUGCAAUGAUCCUCCUGCCUCAGCCUCUUCGAGUGCUGGGAUUAUAGGCAUGCACUACCAUGCCCAGAGUGUACCACCACACCACAUGAAAUGAUCAGUGAACUUCUUAUACUCACUGAUUAUUAUUGACAUUGGUUCAUGGUUAUAAGUACAAAUCGAUUUCUUUCUUACUACUUAUAAUGUUCCACUAAUAUUAAAAAUACCAGGGGCCAGUGAUGUAGCUCAGUGGCAGAAUGCCUGCCUAGCAAGUGCAAGACCCUGGGUUCAAUUUCUGAUACCAAAAAAAAAAAUUGUUUCCAUAUGCUUAUGGAAGAACAGUGGUUGUGGGUUGUAUCCUUCAUUUUGCUAUUCAUGGCCACAGCAGUCAUUCUUUCACUAUGUGUAUUCUUGUCUCAAAUGUCUUCAGAGUAGACACUUAAAACUAGAUUUGGGUAGCUACAGGUUUGUGCUUCUUUGGUCUUAAUAGUGCCAAACUGCAUUUCAGAGUCCAUAUACCUAUACAUAAAGUUGGCAUUUAUUUUUCCACAUUUCUGAAAAUCUUAUUGCUCUUACUAGAUUUAGCAGUCCUGCUAGUUCUAUGAAUGUAAUGCAUUUCUCAGAUUAUUAGUAAGAUUGGGUAUCUCUUUUUCUAUUUAUAUUUCAUGGCCAGUCUAUCAAGAAUUGUCUGUGAAGAGGGCCAGUGUUUUUUAAGGUCAAAGAUCCUUCACUUUGGACAUGAUUCUUAAAGACAUGUAAUGAAAAAUAGUGCUGCAUGUUGUUAUAAACUUAAGUUGUCAGUGCAUUAGAAGUGGUGUUAAAAGUCCUUGCAAAUAUUAAUUAUUUUAUUUAUUCUUAGAUCAUUUAAUAUGCUGAUCAUAUCUCUGACAGGUAUAAGGAAGAGUGUUAUCUGAUUUUAAGUAUUUAACAAAAACAUCUUUGUUCAUGUGUAGAUUCUUAAAAAUAUAAGCAUAGUUUUACAACAUAGUCUAGCAAUUGUACACUAAGACGUUUACCCAAAUGAUGAAAACUUUUAUUCACACAAAACCUGCACAUGUAUGUGUGUUGUAGCAUUACUCAUUUACUGCAAAAAACCUGGAAGCAACCACAGUAUCUUUUAGUAGUGAAGGAAUAAAGCAAAUGGUACAUCUAUAUAUAAGGUAGUUAUUAGCCACUGAAAGACACAGAAAAACCCUUAAUCCGUACUCCUGUGAUUACAAUUAUAGUAUACAGUAUUCUAGAAAAGGCAAAACUUAGAGACAAUAAAAAGAUCACUGGUUGCUAAGAAUUCAAGAGCAGAAAGAAAUGAUUAGUAGGUAGAGCACAGAUUUUUAAGUCAGUGAAACUAUUCAGUAUGACACUGUAAUUGUGAUUUCCCUGUACUACAUUUGUCAGCUAUAUAAGAUUGUACACCAUAAACCAUGAACCUUAAUAAAAGUAUGGACUAGAGUUAAUAAUAAGUAUCAAUACUGGCUCAUCAGUUGAAACCAUACCUAGUGUAAGAUGUUAAGAUUACAGAUAUUGUUUUAUUUGUGAAAUUGAAAUUGUAGAAACUUUUAGGAGUACCAUUCCUUUUCUGUAGCUCUGUAAAGCAGUACAAAGUUCAUGUUGAGAAUUUUUCUUUUUUUCUCCUUGAUUAAUAAACAUAGUGGUAUAACAUUAA